AUGGCGACCCUAGGCCAACUCAAACGACUCGCAGAAUCCACCCUGGGUAGUGGCAACCUCAGUGUCGCUGUUCGUCUCCCGGAAGGCGAGCUUUUUGAAGAAUGGUUGGCUGUGAACACGGUCGACUUUUUCAACCAUUUAAAUAUCCUCUACGGCACGCUGACCGAGUUUUGCACAGCCCGAGAAUGCCCCGUAAUGUGUGCGGGACCGCGCUUCGAGUACCACUGGCAAGACUCGUCGUCGACCAAGUACCGGCGAUCCACACGUCUGUCCGCACCGGACUAUAUUGAAUGCCUUCUCAACUGGGCGCAGCGCCAAAUUGAUGACGAGCAGCUGUUCCCGGUGGACGCGCAAGCGCCAUUCCCGCCUGUGUUUGUGGACCGCGUGAAAGCUAUGUUGCGUCGUCUCUUCCGCAUCUAUGCGCACAUCUAUAACCACCACUUUGCACAGAUGUGCGCAUUGCGUUUGGAAGUGCAUCUCAAUACAUCUUACCGACACUUUUUCCUGUUUGUGCACGAAUACAAGUUGAUGGAUCCCCGCGAGAUGAUUCCCCUCGCAGAGAUCAACGACGCGAUUUUGGAAGAACAUAAGCGUCUCACUUCUUCUAGGUAG